UAGACAUGCAUGUAAAAUUAGGCAACUCUGUUGUUGACCUUUGGCUUAAUACACGAGCCAUAUAGUCCUCCUCCGUGGCGGUUGUGCGGUGGUCCUCCUCCCUCCCUCGCAACGUCACCAGAGUACUAGCCGCCACCGUUUUCCUUAUCCUCUCUGAUCUCCUCAGUUAACUAUUUCUUGUAGAGGAUUUGAAACCUUUUCUUGGAUUAGACACCAUCUAUUCAUUCAUAAUUUUUAGACAAGAUUUUCGGUUGAUUUGUCGUUGUUUCUGGGUGUCCAGUUUUUGAUUUGCUUUUUCCUCAUGCGGCCCUGCAUAUCCAAGAUUAUGAAAAGGCAUCCGGGUCUGAGGAAUUUCAGCUCCGCCAAUGGUACAAGCAUGUCUGGCAUUCUACAGAGAGGCAGUAAUAGUCCAGAUUUAAGAAGUAGCCAUAUGGGCAGAACCAUGUCAAAGAUGUAUGCUACUUCAUGUGAAAAAUUUUCGGCAGAUGCGCCUAAAGAUAAUCCUGUUUCAGAUAUGUUAGCUGAUACAUUUGGGAGGCUACAUACUUAUCUGAGGAUCUCAUUAACAGAACGUUGUAACUUGAGAUGCCAGUACUGCAUGCCUGCUGAAGGUGUAGAGCUCACUCCUAGUCCUCGACUUCUCUCACAGAAUGAGAUUGUUCGUCUAGCAAAUCUUUUUGUCAGCUCUGGGGUUACAAAGAUUCGUUUGACUGGAGGGGAGCCAACAAUCAGAAAGGAUAUAGAAGAAAUUUGCUUGCAGCUGUCAAAUUUAAGUGGGUUGAAGACACUUGCUAUGACUACUAAUGGAAUUACCCUGGCGAAUAAACUUCCAAGGUUAAAAGAAUGUGGGCUUAGUUUGCUAAACAUAAGUUUAGACACGUUGGUUCCAGCAAAGUUUGAAUUUAUGACUAGGAGGAAGGGACAUGAAAGAGUGAUGAAAUCCAUUGAUGCUGCUGUAGAGUUGGGAUAUAAUCCUGUCAAAGUAAAUUGUGUUGUAAUGCGUGGCUUCAAUGAUGAUGAAAUAUGUGAUUUUGUUGAGCUGACACGUGAGAAGCCAGUCAAUGUACGGUUUAUUGAGUUCAUGCCUUUUGAUGGGAAUGUGUGGAAUGUGAAGAAACUUGUACCUUACUCUGAAAUGUUGGAUAUUGUGGUUAAACGAUUUACAGGACUUCAAAGGAUUCAGGAUCACCCCACAGAGACAGCAAAGAAUUUCAGGAUAGAGGGACAUCAGGGUACAGUUUCUUUCAUCACAUCAAUGACAGAGCAUUUUUGUGCUGGUUGUAAUAGACUGAGACUUCUAGCUGAUGGGAACUUUAAAGUUUGCCUAUUUGGUCCCUCAGAGGUUAGUUUGAGGGAUCCUCUGCGUCGUGGCGCUGAUGAUAAUGAACUUACGCAUAUAAUUGGAGCAGCGAUCAAAAGGAAGAAAGCAGCCCAUGCUGGAAUGUUUGACAUUGCAAAGACUCCUAACAGACCAAUGAUACAUAUUGGUGGCUAGGCAUUAUCACCACUGGUAGAUUACCCUGUGCCAUGUUUAACUUGCUUGUGUGGUUGAUCCAGUGGUUCUUUCCUGUAGCUGACAAAACACCAGAAAGGAAAGGACUUCUAUAAGGGAAACUGUGAAGAAAGAGAGAGCUAAUUACGGAACCAUGCUUUUGUGUUAUUCUCGAGGCUGUACAUUAUCAAGCUGAAAGAAUUGAAAAUGUUAUAGACUUUACAAAUUCUAAUGUUUCUUGUAUUUUGGAGAAUACCAAUGUCAAUUUUCUCAUAUGCCUUGUAUAUGUAUAUAACCCUCUUCUCUCGGAGGUGAUUCUUUUCACUUGUACAAAGGAUAAUAUCUGAUUAUUAGUUUGAGAAAGAACGAGUGUUGGGCUCAA